GUCCUCACUUUCCCUCACAUCCGUGCCCUCUCCUUCUCUCUCUGUGUCUCUACCGCAUCCCCUCCCUCUCUCGGCGAGCCGAAUCCAUGGAGUUCUACGUGGACGACAAGUGGAAGUUCUCGAAGAAGAGCCGGAACAAUGGCAGCAGGCGCAUCCCCGGCGGCAGCGGCGCGGGCGGCGACCCGUUCCUCAAGAGGUCGGCCAGCUCCAGGGACCAGGUGAUCGGCCGGGGCCGCGUGGGCAGCGGCGGAGGCGGCGGGGCGGCCGCGGCGCCGUCGUCGUUCUCGAGCCGGUGCGCGGGGCUGGUGAAGGAGCAGCGGGCGCGCUUCUACAUCAUGCGCCGCUGCGUCACCAUGCUCGUCUGCUGGAAGGACUGCUCGUAGCCGUGGCGUGGCCUCCCCCCUCCCUCCCUCCCUCUCGCCCCCCGCCGCCGGCCGGUACCGAAGAUCUCUCGUCCUCGCCGCCGCUCCUCCUCCAGAAGAAUGAGACGUGGCAUCGAGAAGAUGGCCAAUUAGGUGAAGUAUGUAUAGAUCAGAGAGUUUGAUUAUUAGGAGCCCUUUCCUUCCUUUUUUUUCUCCCCUCUCCCAUCAAUUCGUGGGGUGUUUCUUGAUCAUUGCUACUGCUUGAUUAGUUAGUGAUUAGCAGAGUGUUUAGUACUACAAGCUAGAUGUGGUAUUGUGCACAAGUUUUGGGAUCUCGUCCUCCUCAAAGGAGCUGGGGAUCUGGUAGUUGUUGAGGCUGCAAAGGGGGGAGCUGGGCGGUUAGCAGCUUAGCUGGAGCGAAAAUCUAGUGGAUCUCCUACUAUUGUACCACUACAAGGCCGAACAGUUGUCAGUCACUACCCGAUGUAUAGCUAAAGAAAUGAGACGCAACAAGAUACACACAACUAUUUUUUUCCUUCC